AUGGUUGAACAAGGACUUGAGACUAUCUACAUUGAAGAGGAAACUACCCCAAAGCCUGCUCUCAAUGAAAAAUACCCAAGACUUUACGGGCACCACAACUGCCCAUUUGUUGAAAAGGUUAGACUCGCAUUUGCUGCUAGAAAUGCUGUGUACUAGAAAUGUGAGGUUGACCUUGGCAAGAAGACUCCAUGGCACCUUGCCAUAAAUGGAGGCCUUGUUCCCAUUUAUGAGUUCCCAGAUGGCACCCAGCUACUUGAGUCAAAGAUCCUUAUGGACUAUGCUGAAGAGGCAUUCCCAGAGUAGGGCUACAGCACCCUUCCAGUUGAUCCAGUUUAGAGAGCACUCAUGAGACUUGCCAUUCCACUCUCAGAGCAGCUGUUUUCAGCUUUCUACACAAUGUUCAUGAAAAAGGCACAUGACGAAAGCGAUGUCAAGAACACCAAAGAAAAGCUACAAAAGAUGGAAGACUUCCUAGUCCAGAAUCACAAGGAUGGCUCUAGCUUUGCUCUAGGAACUGAGAACCCCACUUAACUUGACAUUCAUUUCCAUGCUCCUCUAUCCAGACUAGAAUUCUUCAGAAACUCAUGUUUCCAUGAUGAAAUCUUUGAACCCAUUGGAUUCGACGACUACCCUCUUUGCAAAGCUUUGUUUGAAGCUGUUUAAGCAAGACCAGAGUUCGAGCAUGCUCUUACCAAAAGAAGACCUCAUUAGUAUUAUCUUGAAAAAAUGAAGGAAACACCUUCUGGACACAAAGUCCAACUCUUUUUACCUCACGUUUUGGAAUGA